CUUUGCUGUGCAACAAAUCCCCAGCGCUGAAACAGAGCCACAGCGCGCGCCUCCGCGCACAAGUUGGUUUCGUUUUCCACAAAGUAGCCACACCUAAAAUAAAUGCUCUAAACAGAAACUAAACUCCACAACUGUUGCAGCUCGUCUUGAACACAUCAAGAUGGGUGCAAUAUUCCACUUACUUGAGCAGCACAGACUGCAGUCUUACUACAUGAAAUUUCGUGAUCUGGGUGUAGUAGAUGAAAGAGAUUUCCUGGAUGUAACAGAAGAAGACUUGAACAACCUUGGAUUAAGCCAGGUGGAAAGGAAUCGUUUUUCUGCCAUGAGAAAAUCCAUUGGCAGACUCCGAGCUCCGGCACACCCAGCUGCAAUGUCUGUGAAAAAGUCAAUGGAGUCCUUCAGUCUGCAGUACACAUACCCCAAAUGUCCUGGACCAAAAUGUAUCAAAGAUAUGGAUCCUGCACAAAACACAGUUGAAGAUCUGAUGUUGAGGAUCUGUCACAGUGAAAGUGUUGAUCCAUCCAAAGGUGUCUGUCUCUACACAGUGGAUGGAAUGCCUUUGACAGAUGAUCCCUUCUUCAACACAUGGUCUUUAAAAGACAGACAUAUUGAAAAUGGAGAUGUAAUCUACGCCAUAUUUACACCGAAGGAGAACCUGAAAACAGCUCAUCAAAUGUCGAAGCGAGAGGUUACUGAAACCAACGGAAGUGAUACAGUUCGAUGCCACAUCAUGCUCCAGGGAGACUUCGAGGUGACAGUGGAUUUGGCAAGUGACACAAUAGCUAAUUUGAAGAACAAGCUCGCAAAUGAAAGUGGAAUCCCAGGACACGUUCUUCACUACAAAGGUGAACAUGGCAGUGGCAACACAUUGGAAAGUUGUGGAAUCUCAGACGGGUCAACAGUGUAUUUCUCGCUGUCCAUGUUUUCUGAGGAGGUUCCAGGCUCCAAACAAUUUUUCAUCCAUGAUGUCGAGCCCUCAGUGCAACAAACCCCCAAAGGAAUCAGUGUCUUCUUGUCUUCACUUUAUAUCAUUAAAAACAAGGCUCCAGGAGUUGCAUACAAGAGUUUGAUUGGCUACAUACGAAAACUGACUGGAUGUAACCCUCUGGCCCAAAGUUUGUAUCAGUUACUCUGGAGGAAUGAGAUGAUAUCUGUGAAUCAGAAGAUCGCAAUGGUUGAAGGCUUGUACAUGCUCUUUAGAGAGCUUUUGCCACAGCUUGGAAAAAAACAAGGAGAAAAGAUCAUCGAGGACAAUGAAGUCUUUGAGUAUUCAACAUACUGCUGGGCAUAUCUCAUGUCAGAGGCAAAGAAAGAGAUGCCAGAACAUGAGAACUACGCACCAUUUACUCUGAUGUCUGAAGAUGGCAGCCGUUUCUGUGAUCCAGUCACUAUACCUGGAGUACCAGGUGUCCUUGAAAAAGCAUUUGUACUUCAGAAAAUCAAAGAUGGCGAGAAGAUUCCAAACUGCACUGAAGAGGUUUUGCGAGAGACGUCACUCAACAGAGCCACUGACAUUGAGAAAAUUUUGCUCAGCGUUCAUCCGUCAGUCAAAACAUAUCAUCUUUGGAUUUCUCAUGACAGUGUGACUGGUCAGAACUUUCACAUAAAUACUGAGAGGAGUGUUGGAGACAUGGCAGAAGAUAUGAAAACUUUCCCUCAACUCAGUGUGACUCCACCACUGCUUUUGAAGGCUCUUGGUUUUGAUGACCAACGUCUUGUUUUCCUGAGUGAAGACAACCUUGGUGUCUACUUGACUAAAGAUAAGUUACACCCUGCAAAGAUCCAGGUGUAUGAUUGUGUGGCUGGCAAAACCAAAACUGUGAAUGUGGACGUAUUAGCAGCUUUAACUGGUGACCAUAGGGAUGCCUAUUCAUUUGUCACAACCAGGACUCCAAAAGAGGCUAUAAUGGUGCUGAUAGAUACAAGCUCAUCCAUGACAGAGAAUUGCUAUGGCAGUGUGGAAAUGCAGAAAAUCCAUGCUGUUAAAGAGCUUUUUGACAACUUUGCAACACGGACCAUGGCUUAUGAUUUUCAUCAUGUCAUUGGCCUUGUGAAGUUUGACUCUACAGUGAAAACUCUCCAUACAUUCACAGAAACACUUGAAAAGUUCAAGGAACACGUGCACACCCUUAAGGCAACAGGAGCAACUAAGCUGUAUGAUGCCCUACAGCAUGGGAUGCUUGAGUUGGAAAAAGUCAAGAAGUUUCCAGACUGUAAACUUCGCAUUCUUUGUCUCACAGAUGGGAACGAUUAUGGAUCCUCAACCGACCCAGCUGUUGUUGCUGCCAACCUGAUUAAAUCUAACAUAAUUGUGGAUUCAAUUCUUCUUGGAAAAGUGGAGAACAAUAUUCUGUGUGGAAUCAGCAAUGCAACAGGGGGUUGCUGUUUCAAGCCAAAGACCAGCAAAGACGGUCUGAAGCUUUUUGAGAUCGAGACUGUUCUCUCUUUGGAGAUGAGGAAACCCAAGAACAAAGCUGACCCAUCGUCCAUCACUAAAAGAUUUUUAGAGAUCUCUGCUAUUCGUGGGUACGAUGAAUUUCCAGAGACAGUCUUGCCAAGCCAGAUAAACAGUAAAGUGACAGUGACAGCGAGUGCUCUGAAACAGAAGAUCCGGGACGCCAAAGUUGGGCAGUUGAUGGAGAAGGACAAACGUAUCCUGGAGGAGCUGAGGAGUCUGCAUUGUAACCCACAUCCCUACUUUGGUAUCUUUCCAUCAGAAUCUGACUUCAGGUUCUGGAAGAUUCUCAUGGAAGGACCUCCUGACACACCUUACGAGAAAGGAUCAUUUGAGUUGUUCUGCCAGUUUGGUCCUGACUACCCAGUGAAGCCUCCACUCGUUCGCUUUGUCACACGUGUGUACCACUGCAAUAUUAACAGUGUGGGGCGCAUCUGCCACAACAUAUUCGACCGGAACUACAACGCCCAGAUCACCAUGAGAGAUAUCCUCAAUGCUGUAUAUGGACUUCUCAUCAUCCCUGAGCCUGAAGAUCCACUGGACAGCAUUCUGGCAGAGGAAUUCCUGACCAGCCGUGAGAAGUACGAACAGGAGGCUAAGAAACAUACAGAGGAAACUGCAGCGCAAUCACGGGAUGAUAUGGAGAAGAAAUUGGUGGAUCCUGGGAAACAGAUUGUUCCCCCACAUCUAAUCUGUCCACUCACCAACAAGAUGUUUGUUGAUCCAGUGCAAACAAAAUACGGAAGAGUGUAUGAACGGAAGGCCAUUGAAAAACACCUCAAGUCAGACAAACAUGAUCCAAAGGGUGGCCCAACAGAAUUUCUCACCAAAGCUGAUCUUCAACCAGCCAAUGAAAUGAAGAAAAUGGUAAUGGAUUACCGUUCGAGACAAAUUCAGCAAGAAAAGUAGCAAAAAGUUGGAGCUACAACUGUGGCAUUCAGUUUGACAUACUGCAAAGUCAGCUAUUGCUCGAAUGCAAGUUCAUGUUGUUCAAUUAUCACGUUUUAAAUCACAGUUACAUGUUUGAGAAAUGUACAUGUAAUCCUUUUAAAUACUUGACUAUUAAUUACUACAUGCUUCAAGUUAUACACAAGAAUAGUAUAGUUAUGACCAACUUAUAUGACUUUGUCUUGUCACGUUCUUUUGUUUCAUUGGAAGGAUUGAUCCUUUAACCUGAACAGCAAUCAGACUGAGGGUGAGGUUUCACGUGGGAUAUGGAUACUCUUACAGCUAGGAGCUACAGUGGCCAACGAGGACAAACACACUGCAACUUAAGAAAACACCUUCAUGAAUUUGACAACACAUGCGCGGCAUUUAGAAAACCCGCUGCAAAUACACACAACACAACCAAAUACACAAAUGCGCUGCAAAUACACAAAACGACAACGGGAGUGUUUCCAGACGACACUAAAAACACAAUGUCACGAACACAAAAUCUCCUCACAAAUCAUUACAGAGAUUAACCUUUACUAUCCUAACACCAGAAAUAUCCCGAGGUACAGGCUACAGAAGGCCAAGCAUUGUAAUGAUAAAGAGAUAACCUAAGGCCGUCUCCAUCACUGAUGAAGCUGGUAAUAUCUCUGAAUAACAGUAGUUUUCUAAAAAAAUAAAAUAAAAUACUAACCCUAACCUUCAUUUUCAGUUUCAAAAAUGCUUUACAAACUUGUUGAAUCUGCGCGCUCCCGCGAGGUUAGUGCACGCUGCAGCUCAGACACAGUACAAAACAAAAAAAAAGAAAAACAAUGAACGGAUGAUACGGACCCGACUUCGUGAAUCACAAACCUUUUUAGUGUCGUCUGGAAACACUUCCGUCGUCGUUUUGUGUUUGCAGCGUGUUUCUGUAUUUGGUUGUGUUGUGUGUCUAAAUGCUGCGCAUGUAAAGUCAAAUUAAUGAUGUUUUUUUUAAUUUGCAUGUUUUGUCUAUUUACAUGUUUCCGUAAGUCGCAGUGCGUUUGCCCUUGUCGGCCACCGUAACGAGCCCUGCGAGGAAAUCAAAUUUCUUUUCAUGUGAUGUCUCAAGCACAAAUUCUAUUUCUGCUCUCACUACUUUCUGUUUAUCGCUGCUUUUGAGUUUUAAUUAACUUGUUUUGCUUUCGGCCUGCUGAAUUUGGCACAGUUGAUAUUGUUGAUAAAACCCUGCGUUCAAAAACAUUGAGCUUCACUGUUGCUCAUGCAUAAGCAGCAACAUUUGCAUAUUACUUUUACUGUUUAUGGGAUAAAAAUGCUUAUAGUAAAAUAAAAGAUGAGAAAAGAA